GAUUAAGUGUAGAUUAUUAUUUUCAAAAAAUUUAUUCAUACGUGUUUUAAACGUUCUCGAUAAGCGGUCUCAAUGAAACGAUCUUAGCACAAAGAUUUAAAAAUAAUAUGAUACGAUAAAAUAACCUGAUUAAUUAAAUAUAUAUUAUUUAUUUUACAUGUUGUAUUAUUCAUUUUUAUUCUGACAAAUGUCGAUCAAACAGCGUGUGUGAUUUGAUAAACAAUGAAGAAAGUGAUAAUGCAUUGGUUUAUGUUAUUCAUCUUCGCGAAUAAGAUAUUACACAUUAUCGGAAAAGUAACUCUGUUGCGUGGGUCAUCAAUAUUUUAUAAAUCACCAAAUCAAUUGAGAUUGAUAUGUCUCUCAGAAAAUGAUGAUGGCGCUCUCGUGUGGAACUAUAAUUUAAUAGUGCAAUAUUAUGAAUUACCUAAAAACGAUUUCGAAUUUCACGAUUUCAACAAUGAGUUCAAUAAUAAUGAGAUAAAUUGCAAAAUGAAUGCAGAGGAAAAUUGCUUAGCAUUAUGGAGGAGAGAUGGCUGGAAUCUCACAGAUUCGAUUAAAACACCUAUGGGUCCAGUGUUUGAUCAACGAUGGGAAGAAUUUAAAGAAUAUAAAAAUUUUGAAGAUGCUUAUGAUUAUAUAAAACAACUUCCUAUUACUUUAACACUCUCUUUUUCGGUUCGUACAUCUCGUGACGCACAUAUAUUAAUUUGCAAUGGUCCAAAUUAUAAUAAGGAUUAUUGCUAUUGGAUCAUAAUAGGCGGUUGGGGAAAUACAUUGUCUGUUAUACGAAAAUGUGCGAAUGGAGUGCCUGAACCUGGAAAAUGGCCGAUUUCAGGUUCAGAAUGCGACAAAGCAAAAGUUAAAUACGAACAUACACCAUUGUCUGAAAAUGAAUGGCGAUCGUUCAUUCUCUCAUGGGAUGCUAUAUUUCGAAAAAUAGAAAUCUAUGAUACUGAUAAAAUCAUUAUGUCAUAUAGCGACAUAAAAAGGAACAAACGUUCAAACUAUAAUUAUCAUAUGUUCAUCAGAAGCCCUACAAAGAUGUUGUUUCGAUUUCAUACCUACAAUUUUCUGCAUACAAAUGUCGAGACCGCAACUUUAUUAAGUCCUGCCUUUCAAUUUAAUAAUGAACCAAUAUGCAUACAAUUAUUAAUUGGUCUAUGUAAGGAAUGUAAUGCACAUAUAUUGUUGCGAGAUUCCACGACACAUGAAACGUUAGAAAUGAUUACAGUAAAAGGCUCAUCAAAAGCUAAAGAUUAUAAUUUACCUAUGUGGCAAUCUGUUAAAAUUAAAAGCAAUUUUUCAGCGAAUAAUUAUAGAUCAGUAAUAAUUCAAUUAAUUCCAAAACUGAUUAGAACUAUUUCUAACCCUUUAUGGGCGAUAGCGAAUGUUCGUCAAUGUCCUAAAAAUGAAGCUUUGAGAAAAGGUAUUUUAAAUUACAAACAAGAUUGGGAUAACAACGGUAGAUUUUACUUUUGGCCAAAGAUAACAUGUCAAAAAUUAUUUUAUGAUGAACAUACCGUCGUGAGUGCUACGUCUCGUUUUGAGCGGAAUAUAGAACUAGAUGACGCAGACUGUCUACAAGAUAAAAUUGGACCGCAAUGUUUGUUAUCGUGCGAACGUGAUUUGAAUAGUAACGUUGACUGUCAAAAUAUUGCAAUUUGUUAUGAAAAUGGUUGCACAUGUGCUCCAGGUUUUUGGGAAGAGCGUUGUUCUAAACCUUGUACAUCAAAUACAUAUGGUCAUGGCUGUAAAAAGAUGUGCGGUUUGUGCAAUGGAUCGUGUAAUAAGAUAACUGGAGUAUGCAGUGAGGGAUGCAACAAUUAUAAAAAAACUUACAUACCUCCCAUGUGUCAAAUAAGUAUAGAUAAACCGAGCAUACCUGUGAUAACCUCUACAAACGAAACAACUAUUAGUGUCAUUGUUCCUAUGAUAUGGAAAGAUGAAUACGAUAAUAUAUCAAUAUUUUAUGGUUUUGACAUUAAAGGACAUAUGCAAUAUAAUGUUCUGCAUUCAUGGAAUAGAGUAUUUCGAAAUAUGACACAAUUAAUAGGAUUUUUUCAAAAUUUAGAACCUGGUGCUAUUUAUCAAAUUAGUUGCAAUUUACUCGUUGAAAAUGAAUUGAUAUAUGGUGACUGGGAAAUUGUUGAGACAAAAUGCAAUCCAGCUAAUAAUUUUAUCGCAACACCUGGAGAAACCGAUUUGGUAAUUAAUUGGGAUAUCAAUUCACACCAGUUACAUCCAUGUCCAAAAAGUUGGUAUUAUCUGAUAGUUCGAAAUAUAAAUACGAACGAAGAAGUUUCUGAAUUGAAUAUGUAUUUUCCAUACAAACUACAACGUUUACCAUCAUAUACUAAUUUUAAUGUGACUAUCUAUCAUAAAAAUUACCAAAUAUUUACUCAAGAAAUUCGUACGCUUGAAGGCGUUCCAUCUAAAGUGUUAGAUUUUCAAAGGAUGCUGACCAAUACAGAAUUAACGCUGAUUUGGAGACCUCCAAGUCAACCAAAUGGGAAAAUAAUACGAUAUGAAGUGAUUUUAAAGAUUAGAGAGUUUUAUGGUUGUAAGGAUUUAAAAUUAGCUACUCCGAAUAAUCAUAUCAUUAAUGUAUCGACAACAGAUACAAUGAUCACAAUUCCAGAUUUACGUCCAUACACAUCUUAUUCUGCGCAAGUUGUAGCUCAUAAUUCACGACAUUUCAGCAUGAGUGAGGAAAAAAUUUUUGACACAGCACAAUCUGAAAUACCAUCGGAGACAUUUAGCCAGUUAAGAGUACAAGAUUGGAAAUUAAUGUGGAAUGCGCCUGAAGAUUGUUCAACUAUUACAGGAUCAAUGAUAGCCAGGAUAAAAAUACGAGGAAUUAGCAAUGCUGUUAAAGAUUUCGAAGUAAUAAAACAAACCACACGUUAUUUUCUUGAAUUAGAUAAACUAAAAUUAAACGGUGUUGAACGAUAUGAGGUAAAAAUUUAUGUAAUAAGAGGGUACUCAAAACCAGAAAAUACAUCUGCUUAUCGAAUAUACGAGUUUGAAAGUCCGCCGACAGCUCCACCAAGUGUGUCUAAUUUGGAGGUUGUUGAAAUUGAUACUCGACGUAUUUCGACUUCUGAAGAUUUAUUAUAUCUGAGAUGGCAAAGUCCACUUCCACCUCUCAACGGAAAAUUACGUGAUUAUGGUAUCCAGUCAUGUUACAAUACAUAUUACAACGAAUAUUGUAAAAUUAUUGCAAAUCAUUUCAAUACAUCUUGUGACUUAUGGGAUGGUUAUAUCUGUAAAAAUGUUCCAAUAACAACUUCUGCAAUAAUUCAGGUUUUUGCGUACAAUGUAAAUGUUACUGAACCUGGUGCUUUAACUUCCGUGACUGAGGAAAUGCUUCGUAAUACGACACCGGACGCACCAGGAAAUUAUACUUUUACAAUCAACGACAACAGUGUAAUUGAUUUAAAGUGGCUUCAUCCUUGGAAGACAGGCGGUCAUCUGCAAUAUUUUUGCAUUCAGAUAGAAGAAACUUCUUCAAAUUUGAGAAGGCGUGUUUCUCGAUCACCUAUGAAUAAAACAUAUAAAUACCCGGUGACUCAAUAUAUGCGUAAUUACGAAACGCAAUUGUAUUUGUUUUCGUCAACAAAAUACAUUAUUUCUAUUCAAGCUGCGACAGUCGACAAUAAAUUCAGCACUGCAAAGUUUGUAGAAUUUUAUACACCUUCAACAGCAAAGUUUGACAGCGAUCUAGAUGUCAUGGUGCAAGAAUCUGAUUCUACGAUUUUAUUAAAUAUACCGUCUGUAUUAAACGACACUCAAGACAGCAUAAUGCAUAUUAUAAUAAAAGGUCCUAAUCCCUGCGAUCAACAUUUAAAAGUACCCGAAUAUCUACGAGCGCGAGCUGGAGUAAAAAUGUAUGAAAUUGCUUGGCAGGCGGCAGAAAUUUCGACCAACGAACUUGCUGGCAAAUUAUUUAUAGUUGGCGACAAUAAAAUUUAUGGUAAUGCCAAAAAUUGCCCAUUAAAACCUAACGAGGUUUAUGAAAUAGUGAUUAUUGUAAUUGAACAGAAUUUAUCCAGCAAGCCAAUCAUGCUUAUAAAAUCAAUCCGCCUUGGCAUGCCCCCACCGAUACAUCACGAAAUGUGGCUUAUACCUCUUAUAUUAUUUUUUGUUGUGGCAGGAAUAGCUUUUUAUUUCUAUCGAAGCUGCAAUUUGAUGUGUGAAUUUGAUAGGAAAAAACAGAAGUCGACUAAACAGUUCAUACAAGACGAGAUGGUUUUGUCACAGAAUAUCGAAAAUUACGAACAUGAAACGAGAUCCACAGUAUCAAAUUCAAAGCAGGAUCUGUCAACUCCUUCCGACAGACAAUCCUUAUCGCGGGCAAGCACGCCGGAAAUACAGUCGAUUGCUAUUAUAAAUGACGAGACAAAAAGAGAAAAAAUGGAAUCAUUGGUGAAAGUGAAAGAUUUUGAGGAUUACGUUAAGCAAGCGAUAGAAUCGGGAUUACUAGAUAAGCAAUACGAGACAUUUCCACGAGGACAAACUCGAUCAUGGGAUUAUGGAAAAUUGCCACAGAACAAAACUAAAAAUAGAUAUGGAAAUCUUAUUGCAUAUGACGAAACUCGUGUGAUAUUGAAGAAAUUUCCGAAUGAUAAAUACUCCGAUUACAUCAAUGCUAAUUAUAUCACCGGUUAUAAGAAGGAUAAGCAUUACAUAGCAACACAAGGACCUAAACCGAACACAGUUGUCGAUUUCUGGCGAAUGAUUUGGCAGGAAAACGUUCUCAUUAUUUGUAUGCUGACAAAUGUAGUUGAAAAUGGAAAGACAAAAUGCGAACAAUAUUGGCCGGACAUUGGCAAGAAAAAAAAAUACGGUGAUAUAAUUGUGUUAAAUGCAAGACAUAAUGUCUUCGCUGAUUAUUGCCUUAGAACUUUCCAUGUUACUUAUGGAGAAGAGACUCGAAAGAUAGAACAUCUGCAUUACACUGCUUGGCCAGAUCAUGGUGUGCCAAUGUAUACACAUUCCGUAGUUACAUAUUUGAAGAAACUAUUGGCGACACCGCCUGGUAACGGACCCGUAGUAGUCCAUUGCAGUGCUGGGGUUGGAAGAACCGGAACUAUUAUUUUAUGCGAUAUUUGUCUCCAUCGAGCAGCGGCUGAGGGGUUACUUGAUGUCUUUGCGGAAACUGCAUCUAUAAGAAACGAAAGAGCUAAUAUGGUGGAUAAUAAACAGCAAUAUCUGUUAGCGCAUUUGACAUUGGUAGAAUGUUUGCUUUCCAUUCCGACAACAUUGCCAUGUAACGAUAUGUUACCGAUACGAAUUAAAGAAUUAAAGAAACAAUUAUCGAUUCAACAACAAAGAUUACAGAACACUGCAUGGCAAGACGAAGCGUUAAGACCAUUUAUAUCUCCGCCAUCAUUGUCGGAACGUAAUCGAGCGAAAAAUAGAUUUCCGGAAUUGAUUUCAAACAAAGUCAAUAGAAUAUAUUUAAAAAGAUAUCCAGCAUCGGACGAGGAUAGCGAUUAUUUAUCCGCUGUUUAUGUAGAUGGAGUAAAACUUCAGAAUCAAUAUCUAGCUUCACAGCUUCCCAUGCCAUCAACGAUUAACGAUUUCUGGCGAAUGAUUGCCGAGUUUAAAGUUGAACUUAUUCUCAUGCUACAACCACCUGAUUUGCAAGAUCCUACAUGUUGCGCGAUUGCUCCCGUAAGCGGAGAAUUUAAACCAGUACCAUAUUUGAAUAUCACAGCAAAUGAAUCCGUGGAAAUGGAAUAUUACACCUCACAAAAAUUAUUACUUGUUGAUAAUUCUGAGAAACCUUCGAGAGAGCAAUCUGUGACAAUAUUAUGUUUGACAGAAUGGAAAUCUGGAAAGGAUCAACCACCGCCGCCAGUUAUGACAAUGGUGACUCUUUGGCAAGCUGCAGAGAGAAUUGCGAGGGGAGAUGGACCUACCGUUACGCUUUGCCAUGACGGGAUAACUGGAUGUGGACUUUACCUAGCAUUGAGUUUCUUGCUUGAACGAAUGGCCGUCGAAAGGGAAUGUGAUGUUUGCUUGGCAGUGCGGGCUGUUAGACGAUCGAGACCGGAUUUUGUUCGUUCUUUGGAACAUCUGGAAUAUCUAUAUGAUGCCGCAGUAACAUAUUUGGAGUACUUUGAAACCUAUGCAAACUUUUCAUAAAACAAAAAUAUAUAAUACUAGUAUAAGAUAAUGAAGUAAUAUCUUAUAACAAUAUAAUAACAAAAUUCUAUAUACGAUUAAUAUAAUGGUAUGCACAAUAUA